AUGCGGUUCCUUCUUCUCUCCGUCCUAUGCACGACCAUUGAUGCCAUGGCUCUUGGUCAGCUCUUCGAAGAUGACAAUACGGCAGACGUGAAGCCGUUCGACUACGAUGGCGCCCGCCAAUCUCUCAAAUUGACCAAACCCGGACUCGCCGAGAUCGCUGGCGGGUCUGGCGGCUUCUGGGGCUGCUGGCUCACCAAGUGGGACGGUGGCUGCCACUGGCCUCCGCAUGAUGGUUGCCAGAACGUGGCUUUGGAGAACGACGAGCAUGAAGCUGCGAUCUCUAUCGCCUCGGUCAGCAAUAUACUUACGGAUGAUGGACGACGAGGUGUCGACUACACUUGGGCGUUGUACAACACCAAGACAGGUCAGAACGCAGUCUGUGGCCAGUUCAACCCUAACGGACCGGAUAUCCACGGCAUUCUGGCCGAUCAGAAUCCAAUCACAGCUCGGGACGACCUGAAGCAGAAUCCACCAUUCCCGUCUGGGACAUUGAGAUUCCAGUUUGAUGGAGAAUGGUGUCAGUACAAAUCCCAAGACGAACAGAACCUGGGCAGGCUGUUCUGCUUCAGCUUGCCAGACGAGGGAGUUGCUUGCGAAGCAGACCCGAAGAAAGGGGAUCCGUCGGCAGUGACGCCAUGUGGACCUGACGGGAAUACAUUUGACCACCACGAAGUGGUCAUGUGCAAUUGGUAG